AGUAAAGCCCAUUUGCCUUCCUCUCUUUUAAAAGCCCAAAACCCUAACUCAUUUUUCAGUCUAUGUGAUCUCUCUCUCUCCAGACGCCGCUGCCAUUUGCUUUCUUGUUUUUUGAGUAUUUAAGGAUGGUGAGAGUAAGUGUACUGAAUGAUGCUCUUAAGAGCAUGUAUAAUGCCGAGAAGCGUGGCAAACGACAAGUCAUGAUUCGACCUUCGUCGAAAGUUAUUAUCAAGUUUCUUAUGGUUAUGCAAAAACACGGAUACAUUGGUGAGUUUGAGUAUGUCGACGACCAUAGGUCCGGUAAAAUCGUUGUGGAACUGAAUGGAAGGUUGAACAAGUGUGGGGUUAUUAGUCCUCGGUUCGAUGUUGGUGUCAAAGAAAUUGAACCAUGGACUGCUAGGCUCUUGCCUUCUCGACAAUUUGGGUACAUUGUGUUGACUACAUCAGCCGGAAUUAUGGAUCAUGAAGAGGCUAGAAGGAAGAAUGUGGGUGGUAAAGUUCUUGGUUUCUUCUACUGAAAAGCAUGAUACUUUAUGACUGUCUUAGGUGUACGCAUUUUGGGUUUAAGUCUUUUGUAUUAUUAUAUCGAAUUUUGUGAAGGCACCUGCCACCUGGUUUUUGUUUCGUUUGGUGACCUGUUUCAUUUCAGGAUGAUCUUUUAUGAAUUUCUGCUAUAAGAUUUUAUAUUACGAGGCUA